CCAAUACAGGGAAUUACCCGUUAAAAUUUAAAGAAAUUUCACGAAAAUCUGAAUUCUGUGUUUGGCUUAAAAAAUAAACUAUUGCCUUAAAUCUAAAAUAUGGACGAUAAGCUUCAACGUAUGCGCGAAAGGCAAAAGAAAAGAAGAGAAGCUCUCGCUAAACAGCUAGGUGUCGGGAGUGGGGAUCAACUAUCCUCCGUGUUAUCUACCAAGAGUGAACAAGCAGAGAGAGAAGCUCGGAAAAGACUAAAUAACAAAACACAAACCACUACUCAGUCUAAAGUUGCAAAAACAGCUGGAAAAAAAGAAGUGAGCAAAAUUGAUUUGGACUCUGAAAUAGAAGUAUACAAAGAUUCCAGCACAUUUUUAAAAGGAACCCAAAGUCUGAACCCUCACAACGAUUAUUGUCAAAACUAUGUGGACACGGGCCAACGACCACAAAACUUUAUUCGGGAUGUCGGUUUGGCAGAAAGAUUUGGGGAAUACCCUAAGUUGAAAGAUUUGAUCCGAUUAAAAGACGAGAUGACACGAAAGAGCAAUAUCCCACCAAACUAUCUUCACUGCGAUCUCAACCAAUUUGAUCUUAGGAAUCUAGGUUCAAAAUUUGACGUGAUUUUAAUUGAACCCCCGCUGGAGGAAUAUAAGAAACAAGCGGGGCUUCCCCUUACUGGUCAAGAAACCUCUUGGGAGGAUGUGAUGUCGCUAGAGAUUGAGGAAGUUUCGGCGCAACGUUCCUUCGUUUUCCUCUGGUGUGGUUCUUCUGAUGGAUUGGACUACGGCCGACAAUGUUUAAAGAAAUGGGGUUUCAGGCGUUGUGAGGAUAUAUGCUGGAUCAAAACAAACUUUAAGAAAACAAAUAAAUUAAUUGAUGAAUCUCUAUUUGUUAGAACAAAGGAACAUUGUUUAAUGGGAAUCAAAGGUACAGUUAGAAGAAGUACAGACGGUGACUUCAUUCAUGCGAAUGUUGAUAUUGACUUAAUUAUAGAAGAAGAAGGGGAGCCUGGUAGUAACGAGAAACCCGAAGAAAUGUUUCACGUUAUCGAACAUUUCUGUCUUGGGAGACGCAGAUUACAUUUGUUUGGAAGAGACACCUCUAUUAGACCUGGAUGGCUGACCAUUGGUCCACAACUUACUAAGAGUAACUUUGACCGUGAGACUUACAGUUCAUACUUUCGAAUAACUGAAGAAAACAAAACAGGAUUCUUGUCACCCUGUACGGAUGAAAUCGAACGAUUAAGGCCUAAAACACCGCCCCCUAGAGACAAGAAAGUUGAGCGAGGCGGGGCCACCAUCAGAGGAGGUAGAGGGCGGGGUACCGGACAACGAAAUGAUUUUUCUUCAGGCCAACCACAAAGUGGACGUGAUCAACAUGUUGCAGGGCCAACUACCCCGCAGUUUCAUGACCCUAGGGAGUCAUCUAGUGGCCAAUAUCGUGGUGGGCGACCGCACAGAGGGAGAAAAAGGGAGAGAGACGUCAGUCAUGAUCGACCAUGGAGAGAUGGACCAUCACAGUCAAUGAGAUGAUACUCAAAAUUUUUAAUAAAAUCAAGGAGUAAUUUUGUUGCAUUAUUUCCAGAGAUUUUUUCUGUGUUUGUUGUUUAUGCUUGUUAAAACAACAAUAGUCAAAUUUUUGGUAUAUAUGUUACAUGUUUAAUGUACUAAAUCUUUAAUUGGUAAAAUAUAGAAGAAGUCAAACAUUCGGUUUGUUUAACGCUCAUUAGCUGUUGGGCUAUAGAUAACACAAUACACACUUUCGUUCACAUAUAUGUAUUAUCUAUGGUUGGCACUUGAACAUUUGUUCAGCUUGUGCAACAGAAUCUCACAAAAGCUUAAAAAUGUAAAAAAAAGAAAAUAUGUUACUUGUUCGUCUUCUUACCCAAUAAAAAAGCUAAUUACGCCCGCGGUUUCCAAAACUAAACGAAAUUCCACGCUUUAGUUGUAAUUAUGUUUUGGUUAGCUUGUGGCACAAACAUUUUUAAAUUUAAAAAAUGUGGAGUUUUGGAGAAAAGUAUGUUACGUUAUACGUAUUUUUCAAUAUAAAGUUAAAUAAAAUGUUGUCCCCCCUUUU